UCCCUCAUGUCGGAAGUGGGUCUUAAAUUGGACCCAAAGCAAUUUGCUCUUCCGGGAAAGUCAACCACUCAGGCACUCGUUUAUCUCCUCCACUUGAUUCAUGCUGCUUUAGAUCAAGGCCACUGCUCUGUAAGAAUCUUUUUUGCUGAUUUCAAAAAAGGUUUUGAUCUCGUCGACCAUAAUGUCAUUAGUGAUGAACUUUUAAAAUUACAAGUGAGUCCUGCCAUUAUAAGAUGGAUAAAGUCGUUCCUUACCUCCCGCGAACAGUGUGUUAAAAUCGGACCAUCCUUUUCCUCAUGGAAACCCGUUAACGGUGGCCUACCUCAAGGAACUAAACUUGGCCCUCUUCUCUUUGCCAUUUUGGUCAAUUCCCUCCUACAGGACUGGAAUGGGCGGAUAAAGUUUGUAGACGAUGCUACUGCACUAGAAAUUGUUCCACGUUGCUCUCCUAGCUUGCUACCUAUUCUCGUAAAUGAUGAAUCUCAGUAUGCCUCAAGUAGAGGAAUGAAGCUUAACAGUAAGAAAUGUAAGGAGAUGACAAUAUCCUUCCUCCAAUACCACCUUCUACUUGAUAAUGCGAUCUAUAUAGAUGGUUCGCCAGUGCAAUCAGUAUCCUCCUUUAAACUGCUCGGUGUGCUACUGAGAGAGGAUCUAUCUUGGUGUGAUCAUGUCGACUAUGUGAUUAAAAAAGCAAAUUCCAGACUCUAUGCAUUGCGGAAGUUAAAAAAGGCUGGGUUAAGCGAUAAAGACCUUGUCACUAUAUAUUCCUCCUUCAUUCGGUCCCGAAUUGAGUACGCUUCACCUGCGUGGUCAACGCUAACCCAAGGCCAGUCUGACCUUAUCGAAUCGAUACAGAGAAGAGCAUUACGUAUCUUGCUUCCCGAAAUGUCGUAUCAAGACGCAUUGAAUUAUACUGGUCUAAAAAGGUUAAGUACGCGUAGACAUAAUUCCUGUGAACAAUUUAUUCGGAAAUUGAAGCUUGACAAUGGUCCUAUAAAUCCUCUUAAGGAUGUUGUUGCAACUCGUAUACAUCCAAAUACUCAUAAUUAUAAUCUUAGGUCCGAAUCAAGCUGGUCACUCCAAAUGAACACAGAACGGUUUCAAAAUUUUAUAACUGUCAAAUAUAAUUAUUAAUGUAUUAUUGAUUUAGUAGUACUCGUGUAUAUUAAUUCAGGGACCCAAUUAUAAUUUGUGGACAGAUUUAAACUGACUAUUCAGAACGAACAUUGAACGGUUUGAACUCAAUUUUAUUUGUAAAUUUAAUUUUUAAUGUAUUUACUUAUAAUCAUGUAAUUCAGUAGAGACUGCAAUGUGAUUAAUUAAACAGAUUAUUAUUAUUAUUAUUAAUAAGCGAACACUGUGAUUGGUCCAAUUUAAAGUUUGCAUUAUAACGACUGCAUGACGACAGCGAAAUAGCAAACAUUUCUUGAUUUGAUGAUUGAUAAAUUUCUUGCAAAUAUAUUUCAUUGUUGCUCGCAUUUUUGCAAGAUUUUGUAAAUUUCAAGAAAGAAAGGGCAAAAGAAUCAGUUAAAAGAAGAGAGCCGACGUUAACGAAGCUAAGUUUGUUUUAAAUAUUGAUUUUAUACUGAAUUGCUUUUAAACCCGACGGCCUUUGCGUAUAUGAAACAACUAAACAAGACAGCAUAUAAUUUCAUUGUAUCUUUAAUAUUGAUUCCCUUUUUUAUUAUAUUGAUUUUUUAAAUAAAUAAAUAAAAAAGAAAGCAAAGUUAUUUGCAUGCGAGAAUUUGAAAUAAUUUUAUUGCAAACUCAAAGUUUAUCGAUAAAGCCAUUCAAUUAAAGGCAGUUUUAUUUAAAGUGCCCCUGACACAAAAAUUGAUUUUUUGUCUAAUGAAAGUACACAUUAGGUGGAGUGUCUUGGUGAAAGAAUUUUUUGAUUUCGUUAAAAAGCAAAAAUUGUACAGCGGUUUGAACACGCCAAAAUUGGGCUUUUCGAUGGCACGCGUCCGUGGUCAAAAUAAACUGUUAAGGAACUGGAACGAGCAUCAUUUGUUACGUCACGCAAGUGAGUGUGUUGGCGCCACGCUAUUGAUAUUAUAUUAUUCUUAUACAAUGUUGGCGCGUUAGUAUGCAAAUUUUUUCAUCGCGAUAUUCAUAGUAAAAGAUAUGCCUUUUUAUUGUGUUGCUGCUAACUGUACCAACAAAGCAAGCUUAAAAGAUGGAAUAAGUUUACAUACUAUUCCAUUCUUCAACGACAAACGCGCUGAAGCUAAGAGAAGGAGAAAAUUGUGGGUUGACUUUGUAUCAUCGAAGCGUUUGUUUGUGCCUUCGAAGACUUCGACUAUAUGCUCCGACCAUUUCACGCCAGAGGAUUACGAGAGGCGAUUUUUUUCGUUGCCGGGACUCAGCAAGCCAAAUUAUCAGAAGCUAAAGACUGACGAACUGGGAGUUUGCGUUUAUCCUACCAUCCAUGCUUCGUCAUCGAAGGAAGUUGCGGUCAACCAGAAUCAAAGUACGAGAAGCAAGCGCUUGGUAUGUACUAUUUGUUGUUUCGUUUCAAAUUUUAACAUUAGUUGGUUAUUAUUUGUCAGCUAUCAAAUCACUUACGGUUUCGUCUACUCUUUUUCCAUCCACAAGGUUAUAAGGAAUUUAAUUGACAAAGAAGCAGAUGAUAGCUCCCUAAACAUAGUGUCACAGCCUUCUGCCAAGAAAUCUACCAGAACACCGAGGAGGACGAACUAUCAACCGACUUUGAGUGCAGAGCCAGAGGAGAUCUUGAUACCGGUCAAUGAAAGUUGCUGUGAUGAGAUAGUAAGUAAAAAAUUGCGUCUCUGCAAGUCGAUUCAAUAUUAUAAGACAUGUGAGAAUAUGUAUAUACAUUCCCAACAAUUUAUAUAGAUAUUUUUGAUUGCUUAGGAACAGCUUAGCGUGGUUAGCCAUUCAGAUUCAGAUACAAAUGCCAAGCAAAUGGACGAAUGCUCGAAAAAAGACGAGAACAAAAAUUUGCGAAAGAUCAAAGAAGACGAUGUAUUGCUUGAGACAAACAGAAGAUUAAAAAAUAAAGUCCUUUCUCUUCAAGCAAGCCAGAAAAUGAGGAAAAGAGAACUGAGAAAUAUGAAACGUAGAGGUGUGUGCACUGUCAAUAAGCCUAAUUUUUAAAAUCAAAAAUGGAAAUAAUGCAUGGAAAAGUAAAUUUGUAUAAUUAUUGUGUAUAUGUGCCAGCAGCAUAUCAGUCAAACGUCAUGCAACAUUAGCUUUUUAUGCAUGUCCAAGACUCACAGAAUUGAAAAUGAAACAUUUGCUCAUGGGUGGGGCAUUUUUCUGUUUGUGUCAUACCUGCCCUUGGUCUUUAGCAACAGAAUUGAAAAAACGUAAAACCCAUCUGGAUUUACGUAAGAGGGCAUGCUUUCAUUUGACUGAUAUAUACUGUACUUAGCUUGCUUUCUUUUUCUAUAUUGAUAUUCCUCUAUAGUAAGCUAUCUUGAAGAACUGCUUCAAGAAGACAAGAAUAAGGAGAGGGGAGAAAUUAUGUAUCUGGAUUCUGACGACAAUAUGAAAAGUGAUGAUGAAGAAGAAAGUGAAAUGGACCAACCCUAUGUGAUGGAAACUGAUGAUAUAUCUGCUUCAGAAGAUGAAGAUGAUCUGGAAGAUGAACCAGAAGCUCAGUAAGUUUCUUUAACAUACCGGUACGGUACAGUAAACUUCUACAAAUACCAGAGAACGGUCAAUGGUGUAGACACAAACUAGUAACAAGACAAGAAUUGUCUUCCCAGAUUAAAAUUUCCUCCCCCAAAGUCUGGGCAGGUACAGUUUUCCCCACCUAAGAAAGUGUUUUUACUUCACAGACUACCAACAAUAGAUGGAAAUAUCCGAACAGAACCAAAAUUCAUUGUAUUCUGGACACAACUCCUUCCGCUGUUCCAGUUCUGCCAUUCCUGCAAGUCUGACAACCCUUUUAUUGAGACACGUCGAGUCGGUACAAAAGUUGUUGUAACCACAAGAUGCAGUAACCCAACAUGCAAGCAGAAUGUUUCUACUUGGCACAGUCAACCAAACAUGCCAAAUCUAGGGAUUUCUGCUAGAAACUUUCUACUAUCUAUGGCAAUUCUGCUGGCUGGUGGAUCAAUCACCAAAGUUCAGCAAGUUUUUCAACACAUGGGUCUUUCAUGCAUUUGUUUACGUACAUACUUUCGCUACCAGAAAGUAAGUAAAAGUCUUUCCUGGACAUAUUUAAUUUGCAUGUACAUGUAUGUUGCAUGUGUGUUCGUAUCAACCCAUUAGCUUUUCCCUUGAUGAGUGAAUUGUUUGGCAAAAUAUAUCCUACAAUAACACACAUUGUGGUAUAAUAGGUGAACAAGGGGCUUGGGCAGACAGAGUAGCCAUCCCCAACACAAUUUUCUUGAUAAGUAAAGUUGUUUGAGGUUGGACAGAAUUUAUCAAAGUAAUGGUGCAUUGGGGAAUUAAUUUGAUAAUUUUUUUAUAGAAAUUGUUGUUUCCAUCUAUUUAUCUACAUUGGAAAAAAUACCACAACACAUUGCUACAAAAAGCUAAGGAUGUAAAAGAUGGUGUUGUAGUUUCAGAGAUGGUCGCCAUGAUAGCAUGGGCCAUUCAGCAAAAUUCUGUGCCUACACAAUAUUCUGUUGCACUUUUGCACAAAUAAUACACUUUGACCUUGUGCAGGUUAGUAAUCGGUCAUUCAACUUUGCAUGUCUUGGUACAUUUUACUACAAUCAGAAAUAGAUUUAACUCUCCUAGCUCACCAGGCAACACAGUUUUUCUUUGUGUGGGAGGUAUAUGAAUCUUUUCAGAAUACAAAAACACUUUUCAAUAUUUCGAGCAAAAGCCCUUUAUCAGGAGAUGUGGUAGAAACUAAAACCAUGAUGAUGUGGACAUCCUGAUUAAAUACCUUAUAAUAAUAAUUUACUGAAUUGCAUGCACUUAAAAUUGCAGAGAAAUCAAGCAGGAAGUAGUCCAGCCAUGGAGUUUAUGUGUUUUAAGCUGUGCAUGGACCACCUUAUUGCAUAUGGAAUUUGCAUAACAACAUUUAUAUCUGACCGACAUACCUCAAUUGCCAAAUAUAUGAGAACACAAAUGAAGGACAUCAUCCAUUACUUUGAUAUUUGGCAUUUGAAGAAAAGUAAGUACCCAAUAUAUGUUAUCUAUCAUGUUUCCCAGAAAAGAAUGUAGAGCAGUUCUAUAUCAGGCUACUUCAGAGCAGUUCUAUGUUUAUGUAUAAUCAGAAAAUUAAAGUACUUCAUAUAGUAUUUUUGAAUCCCUACACAGGCAGCACAGUUUGUGGUCAGGUUUGAGGACAAGCAUACAUGAAGUACUUAUUUCAGUCACUUACAGUUCAAUCUCAAUCUGACUAUUGCCAUAAUUUGUCUAAACACUGGCUAAAUAUUUUAAUUUUAGAAAUUCGAAAGGUCUUGUCAAAAAUAGCUAAGGAUAAGAAUUUUGAAGCACUGAAUGAGUGGAUAAAACCUUGUGCAAAUCAUUUACACUGGAGUGCAACAUCCACUUACGAUGGCAAUGGACUUGUGAUAUGGGCGAAAUUCAAGUCUUUCCUGAGGCAUAUGGUUAACAAGCAUUCUGAUCACAGUGAUCCAUUGUUUAAUCAAUGUGCUCAUGGAGUCGAUAUUGAACAUAGGAGGUGGUUAACAGAAGGUGAGUACAAAAACCCGGAACAUUGUAGUCAUCAAUGGGAAAUGGUUUGACCUGACUAUUAUCUGUCCUUGCAUGUAAGCUCAAUACAUCUUGAUUGCACCAUCAGCAAAUUGAUGUUGCAUUUGAAUUCUAAUUAUAUGUUAAUUCAGGGAUAGUGCAACCCAGAUAUAAGCUACAGUUUGCAACAACAAAAUGUGAUAAUUUGUGAUUUUUCUGCCUUUACCAAUUUGUGUGGAGUUUUAAUGUAAAUUCAUAGUGUUGGACUGCCAAUUAUUCCAAGCAGGUAACCAUUCCUUUUAAUUUUUUCAGGUUCACCAUUGCAUGAAAAAGUUUCCACUGCACUAACAAACUCAAGACUUGUGAAGGGGAUUCAGCAAGCAUCACCACUAGAUCAGACCAGCUGCUUAGAAGAUUUUCACAGUGUCCUGAACCGUUUUUCUCCCAAGAUGAUAGCAUAUAGCUAUGUUGGACAAUAUUGUAGGUUAGUUAUAGAGCUUAUCUUGACGAAUAUUACUGUAUAGUCAGUUCAUCAGGGAGGAAAAUAAAUGGUCUCCCCUCCAUUCACUUUAGAUAUUCUGUACCUUGACACUAGGUACUUUCUGUACCUCUCUGUCUUUUGCCGAACUUAUCAUAGGAGAUUCAACAUUUUGGAGAAAUAUGGUGUAGUAAUUGGAAGUUUUAAUUUUUAGGCACAUUUUAGCUAUCAUGCAUUUUAAUUUCAAUCUCCGACGGGAAUUGGACACAAGAAAGGCAGAUAACCAGGAGAAAAUAAAAAUUACGUAUCCAAAGUUUAAAAAUGGGGAGGCAACAGUGAGGAAUGUGAGGAUAACACCAAACUUUGGUAAGUUCAUAUGCAUAAUUUUCCAUAAAGGCUUGAAGUAAUAAUUAAAGGCUAAUUUGCCAUGUGUUUGUCAUAGCCCCCUUGGUUGUGAUUUCAAAAAUGGUUUUGGAAAGGAGAAUAUUUGAGAUAUGAGAGGCAAUUAGUAUAGUGGGGUUAUUAGAUACACUGUAGUAGGUUACGAGUUAUUUCUAAUAAUUUUAAUUGUCAUAAACCAUUUAUAGGAUAUGUUCACGAUAUUUUUGAUACGUUCCUGAAAGCUACAAAGAAGGAUUUGGAAGAUGCUGCUAAAGAACUAAAGAAAAAAUCUCCAGAACCCAUGAAUUUGAUGCUUCAAAAACAACCAGCAGCUCAAGCAGUGGCCAAACACAAGGAGAGGAAAAACAUGAUAACACAGGAUGUGCUUCCCACAACUCCAGGUAUUAAAUAUUACUAGUAAGGUUAUACAUGUAGGUGUAAAUAUACAGCAUUAUUCAGGAAGUUGUUUAUUUGGAUACUGUAGUGGGUUAUUUGUGUUUACUGAUGUUAAUAUAACUUUGACUCAAGUUUGUUAGUGCACAUGCAAAACUACUACAUGUACACUUCAACUCUUCUAAAAAUGUGUAAGAAACUAAAAAUAAUAGCAUUCUGCAACUGGAGGUUUAGAUAGAAACAAUCUUCAGGAAUACAGGAUGUACAGUAUAUAUACAUUUACCAGUAUUAGUACUGUAAUGAGAAAAAUGACUGCAUUUUAGUUUACUUUCCCUUAUUCUUUAUUUUAGUUUCAGAAGUUCAAAAACAACAAGCUACUGCAGAGAGAUCAAAAAAUUCUGAAAAGGCAAAACCCCACUGCAAGGCAUGCAAUCAUCCCAUGAAGGGACACAAAUAUGUCAAAGACUGCCCUAGAAACAGUGGACAGUGA